UCCCUCUCCUGCUCCCAUCAAAAGCGUCCCCAGCACCAGAGCCAAGGAGGAGGGAAAACAUAACAACAGGAAGGAAAGCAAGACAAAGCGGGCUGAGGGGGAAAGAGGGCUGGAUGCGGGGUGAUCAGCAGCAAGGCAGACCUAGGAUAACCCGGAGGGUGCAAAGGUGUCAGAAGUCAAGGACCAACAAAUCCAGAUUCCUGCUGGGUUUCAAACCUCACCUUCUCUCCCCUAUCCCACCCUCACCAACAAGGCAUCUCCGCCCUCCCCCUCUUUUCACGACCUCCAAAAACAUCCUCAUGGAUUUCAGGCUUAGACUGUAAUGCAGUUCACCUUUCCCAAUGCCUCCCUCGCCUCUGGAAGAACGGAUCGGCGUGCUGCAGCGACCCAAAACUUUGGCCUUGCGCCUCAACCACAGCUUUGCCAACGGGGGCACCCCAGGCGGUGGCGAGAAGCAGCCCCCAGCGGCCUCCAGAGCGCCUGGCCAGGCCACCCCGGCUCCCGCGAAGGCGCCCUGCGACGAGGCCGCACGCCGGGGGACGCCGGGCGUCCUGCAACCCAACCACUCUCACACCAUCGACAUCAAGUUGACGGUCGGAGGCGUGCAGAGCCUGUCUCCUGAGAGGAACGUCUCCCUGCAGCUGGACCUCAAGCAGGCCGAGCCUAAGCCGAAAGGCCUCGCUGGGCCCCAGCUGAAGGUCUUCUUGCCCCAGGUGAAGCUCAAGAAGCGCUGCUUCAAGGAGAACUCCAAGCCGGCGGUGCUGGACACAUCCACCAGCUCCUCCUGCCUCUCCAGCCCCGCCAUGCACCCCCUCAAAUGCGGUUGCCGCGGCUGCUGGCGCCUCAUGCGCUGUGAGGACGCCGGACCCAAGGGCGGCUUGCUCUCCCUGGGCUGCUUCUCCUGCCGCUCCAGCCUGCGCUCCCUCAGCUGCUCCAGCUGCAGCCCGCCGUCCGUCAAGAAGCUGGGGUGCCUGCCCUGCGCCCCCUCCUCGGCCCUGCGCUCCCUGGCCUGCCUGGCUUGCAACCCCUCAGUCAAGUCGGGCAGCUCCUCCUGCAGCUUCUGCAGCAGCGACCCCAUCGUGGCCUACGACCCCCGGGCGGGCUCCUCUCCGGCCCCCAGCUGCGGGGAUGACGAUGACUACAGCGUCCGCACCAUCUGGCCCGACGAGCUGGCCAAGAAAAUGACACGGUCCCGGGCACAACAGCAGCAGCAGCAGCACGUCUCCCCGCUCAUCCUGGACUGCCGCAACCUGAUGGAAUACACCAAGAGCCAGCUUCAGGGUGCCAUGCGCUUCGGGGCCGCUGACGCAGCGGGCCGGAGGCGGCUCCAGCAGGGGAAGAUGGCCAUGCUGGAUUUCAUCUCCUCGCGGGGAGGCUGCGACGCAAGGGACUCCUCGCUGCAGCGUCUCUGGGCCAAGGAGCCCGGCGGCCGCGCCAGUCCGGAGCCUCUCCCCGCCAGCCCCCCCAAGCCCCGCAAAACACAGCCCUCCCAGAAUCUCCACCUGGUGCUGGAUCUGCUCAACAAAGAUGGCGGGCAGGAAGGGGUUGGCCGGAGAGGCAGUCUGAUUGGACCAGAUGUUGCGGACGGCCCAGAUGACUUGGGCCCCCCACUCACGCCUGACCUGGAGAACGCCGAGCUGAGCCCCAUUCUGCCCUUCCUGUUCCUGGGCAACGAACGAGACGCGCAGGACCUCGAACAGAUGCUGAGCCUCAACGUUGGGCACGUUCUCAAUGUCACCACCCACCUGCCCCUGUACCACGCCGACAGCGGGCGCCUGCGCUACAAGCGCCUCCCCGCCACCGACAACAACCGCCAGGACCUGCGCCAAUACUUCGAGGAAGCUUUUGAGUUCAUUGAGGAGGCACACCAGAGCGGCAAAGGAGUCCUCAUCCACUGCCAGGCCGGUGUCUCCCGCUCGGCCACCAUUGUCAUCGCCUACCUGAUGAAGCACACUCUUAUGACCAUGGGCGAUGCCUACAAGUAUGUCAAAGGCCGAAGGCCCAUCAUCUCGCCCAACCUCAACUUCAUGGGGCAACUGCUGGAGUUCGAAGUGGACCUCAACGCCGGCGUCACGCCCCGGAUCCUCACCCCCAAGCUGGCCGGAGUGGAGACCGAGGUGUGAACAAGAUGGGGGUGCAGGAUGAGCUCCGUCAAUCUCAGGGCUGGGAAGAAGAGGAGGGGGGGCGGGAGUGCAAUAAGGGGACUGAUGGACGGCAUGUGAGGGCUGAAGCAGUGAGCAGGAAUUCGGGGGGGGGGCUUUUCAACUACUUUAUUACAUCCCCCCCCCCACUUGAGGGAACUUUGAUUGGAUACCUUUCUAAGUCCACCAACCUGAAAACGCUCAGCGUACAAGACGACAGACAACGCCAAAGACUGACGGCGCUCCGUUCUGUAGGUACCGCUGCUGCUGCUGCUGCUGCUGCUGCUGCCGCAAUCAGAAUUUCGGGGAACACUUAUUUCUACAAUGACUUCUGAAAAAAACUUUCUUACCUUCGUGGGGUGGGGAAUGGGUGGUGUGUUUGUGUGUGUGUGUGUGUGUGUGUGUGUGUGUGAGAUCAUGCUGGGUUUUAAUUUAUUGGGGUGGGGAGUGUGUGUGUAUAAAUUGGGGGGGAGUCCUCUUUGUCUUCCCCCCCAGUUUUUUUGAUCCAGAUGCUGAUAUUGCCUUGCUUUCCACCACGAUGGACUAAUUUGGGGCUGGGGUAUCCUAAGCAAUUUACACGUGUGUUUGUGUGUGUUUUGUGUGUAUGCAGUAAUGCAAGAGGGGGUGUUCAUGGGGAACAUUGCGGGUGUGAAACUCCUCUCCCCCCCCAAUUCCCACCAGAUUUUAAUGCUCAGGAUCACAGAAUCUCUUCUGGAUAAGAGUGUGGGUGGAAAGAAGGAAGGGGGCGAUUCACAAUUAAUCUCCCCCCCCUUUGCUUGGGGUGUAUGUGUGUUUGUGGGGGGGGGG